GGGGAAACGUGGUGAAUCUGGACAUAUUGGGAAAGCAGGACCACAGGGUCCUAUGGGGAUCACUGGAGCUCUAGGAUUCCCAGGUGGUCCAGGUAUAAAGGGGCAACCAGGGCCCCCCAGGAGCACGAGGGACAGGGGGGCCAGCAAGGACCAAGAGGGGAGGCCGGACGCGUGGGAUUGGCUGGAGCUAUGGGAAUUCAGGGUCCAACAGGAACAGAGGGAGCUGCCGGAGCCAAAGGACCAUCCGGAGCUCCAGGUAUCCAGGGUCUGACUGGACUGCUUGGCCCCGCGGGGCCCCCCGGACCACAGGGAACCACUGGACUGCCCGGGCCUAAGGGCCAACUGGGUGAUUUAGGCAUUCCCGGAUUCAAAGGAGAGGCUGGAUUCAAAGGAGAAUCUGGUGCACCUGGUGAUCAUGGAACGCUGGGUCCCAUGGGAGAGGAGGGGAGGAGGGGAGAACGGGGUGACGCCGGGACUUCAGGUGCCACUGGACCCAAUGGAGAGAGAGGUGCUCCUGGCAGUAGAGGUUUUCCUGGUCAGGAUGGGUUACCUGGUCAAAAGGGUGCCCAAGGUGAGCGAGGACUGGGUGGGUCAUCUGGUGCCAAAGGUGCCGAUGGUGACCCAGGACGCACUGGAGAGCCAGGUCUUCCAGGGGCACGGGGUCUGUCGGGUCUUCUCGGCUCCCAGGGUCCUGAGGGACACCAAGGACCAAUGGGAGGAGGAGGAGAGGAUGGGGGACCAGGUCCAGCAGGGUCUGCUGGUACCAGAGGUCCAGCUGGAACCAUGGGUGUAGUUGGACCAAAAGGCUUUACUGGAGACCCUGGUAAGACAGGAGAAGUGGGGACCCCAGGUGUUGCAGGACAGAGGGUAAGGGUUAAUGGGAAAGCUGGAGAGAUGGGCGCUGGUGGCACUGCUGGUCCAGCAGGAGUUGCAGGGAAGAGAGGAGAGCAAGGACCUCCUGGUAUGAAUGGCUUCCAGGGUCUACCUGGAUCUGCUGGUCCACCUGGAGAGUCUGGGAAACCUGGUGCUGAGGGUAUCGCUGGAGAGGGAGGGGCUGCUGGUCUCACAGGGCCAAGGGGUGAGCGUGGCAUCCCAGGAGAGAGAGGUGAUGUGGGAACUAACGGACUACCGGGGCCCAAAGGUAUUUCAGGGGGGCCAGGACCAGAGGGACCAAAGGGUGGGUCUGGAACUAAAGGAACCGUUGGGGACAUAGGAGCUGCAGGCCUGCAGGGGAUGCCAGGGGAGAGGGGUGUCCCUGGUUCUCCUGGUCCUAAAGGAGAUGUGGGUUCAGUUGGUGAGAAAGGAACCGAGGGUACUGCUGGAAACGACGGGCCCGGGGGACUUCCUGGUCCAGUUGGACCAACAGGAGGCAUUGGGCUCAAUGGUGACAAGGGAGAGGCCGGCCCUAAAGGGACCCCUGGACAUCGAGGAGCGAGAGCAGUGGCCGGAGCUUCUGGGGAGCCUGGUCCAACCGGUGCAGUAGGAUUCCCUGGGUCUCCUGGUCCCGAUGGGCAACCUGGGGUCAAAGGUGAACCAGGAGAGAGGGGUCAGAAGGGUGAGGCUGGAGCACAGGGACUCCAAGGAACAGCUGGUAAACUUGGUUCCCAGGGUCCUGCUGGUGUGACUGGACUAAAGGGGGCCAGAGGAACACAAGGGGCCGCGGGUGGGUCUGGUUUCCCAGGAUUCCCUGGGGAGUUGGGGGCGCCUGGAGACAUUGGUACCCCAGGGAAGGCAGGUACUCCUGGACUUAGAGGCGAGAAUGGAGGCCCUGGGCGUGUAGGAGAGAGAGGGGCCCCGGGCCCAGCAGGUGCCCCAGGAGACAAGGGAGAGCCUGGAGAGGAUGGACCAGGGGGCCCUGAUGGGCCGGCGGGACCAGCAGGCAUCUCAGGACAGCGAGGUGUUGUGGGCAUACCUGGAGUCAGAGGAGAGAGCGGGAUGGUUGGGCCCCCCGGUACUGCUGGUGCACCCGGAAAAUCAGGUGCCCCCGGAAGUCGGGGAGGCAAGGGCGCUGUCGGUGCAGUCGGGUUACCAGGGGCAACCGGACCAGGAGGGGACCCUGGUCUUACGGGUAAUGCUGGGUCUGAUGGGGUACAUGGCAAGGAUGGACUUAUAGGAGCCAGGGGAGAUAGAGGGAAUCCUGGUCCUGAAGGUCUUGCUGGAACUCCGGGGCUUCAUGGCUCUGUUGGGCCAGUUGGCACCUCUGGUGUCCCUGGGAAGAGAGGAAACAAUGGUGCUAGAGGGCCUCCAGGACCCCAGGGACAAUCAGGGAUCCGGGGGACGCUGGGGCCUCAAGGGCCACAGGGAGACAGGGGAGCCAAAGGAGACCAAGGAGAGAGAGGGCAGAAAGGCCACAGAGGCUUCACUGGAUUGCAAGGCUUACCUGGGACAACUGGAGAAUCUGGGGAUGUUGGAGCUGGAGGAAUUGUAGGACCUACUGGACAGAGAGGGCCCCCUGGUGUGGUUGGCCCCGCAGGAGGUGAUGGACAAAUUGGGCUGACCGGGCCCAUGGGCUCCCCUGGAUCAAGAGGAACCAGUGGAGACAUCGGACCUCAGGGGCCUCCUGGGGAUGCUGGUCCCCCUGGUCCCCCAGGGACCCCUGGCCCUCCCACUGCUGGGGCUGAUAUGUUCGGCUUCAGCAGCUCCUUCGACUACGACUUCGGCGAGGACCAGGAUGGACCACCUCCACCCCCAGAGUUUAACGGGGAUGAAUCAGCCCCCCUCAACCCCCUCAGUUCAACGAGGAUGAGGCGCGUCCCAAUAAUGCCUCGACCGUCCUCGGGGCAGACCAGGGCAAUCCAGACCACGCUGAAGAGCCUCAGUGGAAACCUGCAGAACAUGAAGUGCCCCGAUGGCAGCCAGGCCAACCCCGCCAAAACCUGCCAGGACAUCAAGCAGUGCCACCCCCUUAAAAAGACCGGAGACUACUGGCUGGACCCCAACCAGGGCAGUACCAAGGAUGUUAUCAAGGUGUUCUGCAACAUGGAGACUGGUGAGACCUGCAUCUCAGCCCACCCCAUCUCAGCCAGCAUCCCUCGCAAAACAUGGUGGACCAAAUCCACUCCCACUGCCAGCAAACCUGUCUGGUUUGGAGCAAAUAUGAAUGGAGGAACUAAAUUUAGCUACGGCAACAAGGAGGAGCUGCCCAACGCCGUAACCAUUCAGAUUAGGCUGAUCCGCCUGCUUUCUAAGGAGGGUGUCCAGAAUGUCACCUACCACUGCAAGAACAGCGUGGCCGUGAAUGACGGAGCCACAGGCAACCUGAAGAAGGCUCUGAUCCUCAAGGGCUCCAACGGACAGGAGGUCAAGGUUCAGGGCAACUCCCGCCUCAGAUACACUGUCCUGGAGGAUGGCUGCUCCAAAUCAAAUGGAGACUGGGGCAAGACUGUGAUUGAGUACAGAACUCAGACGCCAGCCAGACUACCUAUCGUAGACUUGGCCCCCAUGGACAUAGGCAAGGAGGACCAGGAGUUUGGCCUGGACAUCGGACCUGUGUGUUUCUCCUAAACCCAACACACAUGGAUGGAUGGAUUUAUUUAACCCUACGAGGAGUGAAUUUUUUAGAACGCCAUCCUCAAUUCUGUUUAAAGAGGCAAUCUGGAUUUCAAACAACAAAAAAGCACUCACUUUUUAGUUACAUUCUUCAAGAAUCAAUGGCUAUAUAUCACUCAUUUAAAAGAUUGCCCCUUCAAGAAUUAGGUUUCAGUUCAAUAACUAGUAAUGAACAACAACCCCUUGUGAUGUCAUCAAUUAGAAUCGGUUGGAAUGUUGUCGUCCAUUCUCCUCCAAAGGGUUAAACAUUCCCAAGACUCUUGGACUACCUGCUGAAGCAAUCAGCUUUGUACAUAAAGGUAGGGCGGAGAAACUACAGUACAGUAUAUGUCCUGCCUGCUACUAAAAUAUUUAUUGCUUCUUUCCAAGAAACAACUAAAGUUGUUAGUGCAAUGGUACUGGUAGUAAUUACUAUUGAGGAAUGCAGGUGAAUUGUAUUAAGAAGAUUGUGUCAUAAUGGAGUUUCAGGGCCUGAAGGUUUAAGCUUGUUGAAAACAUGACAAUUUAUGGAACUUAAGUGUCAGUGUCGUAUGACAUUCCAUCAUACAUUUCUUUACCAGUUUCUCAGUGAAUGCCACUAAAUAGAUAUACUGUCACUUGAUGUAGAGACAAAACAACAACAAUUGUAUUACUUUUUCUAAUGUAAAUUCAACAUAAGAAUGUCAAUUGCUCUUCACAUGUUUAUUAUUCCUGUUAAUUAUUGAUAUUAUGAUAUUUUCUUCUUUCGACUGAUGGUGUUACACCCAAUAAAAUGAAUCUCAUGCCCUUUUCA